ACGUUUUCAAAAAUCACUCGAGACUUAUAUUUUAAAUGUUUACAAAAAUCUGAAUAUACCGAAGAUACUACAAAUUUAGCGAUACCGAUUCACAAUGAAAUGUACUUCAUGUAAAAAGAAAGCGUCCAGAUUAAUUACGCAUCGUUUAUGCAAAUGCUGUACAGAACGACUGGAGUAUGACCGCGGGGAAUCUGUUUUUCUAGUUUCCAAUGAGCAAGAUGUUCGUAAAGUGGAAUGCGACGUCUGCCAGGAGCCGGUCCGAAAGGAAGAUCUGCAGCAGCACCAAGAAGCGUGCACCGUGGGCCGUAUGGUGUACCGAUGUACGGUUUGUGACGGAGACUAUCUGGAAAGGAAUGGAUUGUGGGAACAUUUGGACUCGCAUGAGAUUUCGGAUGACAAGAAAGAAAGUCACACAAAAGAAACUAAGGUGGUGUACGAACUACAUAAAUGCGUACUGUGCAAUGACCAACGCGGUUAUCGCGAGAGUCUCUACUGGAUUCAUGUUCACGAAGAGCACGACGGGUUUUUCCUGACAUGCUCGAAUUGUAAUGAACAUUUCCGUUCACAAAAGCUUAAGAUUGAUCAUGACAAAAAUCACUGCAAGGCUAGCACUGCCGCUGUGGACUAUUCGGACUGCGAAGACAAUGUCCCGGAGCUUGACGUCGAAUUGAACAAAUCAGAAGACAAACUUGAUGACAACGAUGCUCAAAUGAUAGAGUUUUCAGACUGUGGGAUAGAACUCCCAGCAAAGGAACUUAAAGUCGAAAACGAUGUGGAUGAGCUUGACACCACCAACGAACAGUCAAUGCCCAAAUUGUCUAUUCGGAAGCAGUGUUCGGAUUGUGGACGUAAAUUUCGAAAACAGAAGACUUUUGUUACGCAUCGAUGUAACGUCGGAACGAAGAAGAAGACUUCCAACUCGAACCAACCCACUACUGACAACAACAAGGAAAACAAACAAAAAGUGUCCAGAAAGGCCAGCAGGUUCGAACCGGUUAAAUCCCAGUGUCCACAUUGUCAACGUGUGUACAAAAAUCGAGAUAAUCUUAACGUUCACAUUCGGACAUUCCACAGACCAUCAAAGUGCAAAAUUUGUGGGCUGCAACUGGCUAACUACAGUCAGGUGAAAAUUCACAAGGAAGCGGUCCAUCUAGCCGGUCGCGAAUGCCCAUAUUGCCGAAAAAUGUUCAAAGCGAAAAACUUCCAAAACCACGUAAAUUCCCAUCUUGAAGCCAGCCAUCUGUGUCCGGAAUGCGGUGGAAUGUUCAAAUCUAAUGCGAACCUACAGGUGCACCUUCGCAGAUUCCACACACCGGGCAAAACGCCGCGUAUGUCGAAGGGGUACACAAGAAAAAAGCGUAGCCGAAACGAGGACUUGAAUGAUGUAGCUGAAAUGAAGGAAGAAACCGGUUUUGCGGUGAGCGAAAAUGACGAUUCUCGAUCUCAACCAGAAGAUGCUGAGAUGCUUGAUUUGAAGACGGACGAUUAAUUGUCAGCAAUCAACGCACAAUGUAAGUCAUCGUAAUAUUCUGAAUGUAUUUUUUCUCUUCAUUAUAAAAA